GCCCCUGUGCCGCCCCGGCGCGCUCUCCCCGGGCGCGGAGGGGAGGGAGCCGCCCUUGGCCCGCCCCGGGGCUGCCGGAGCCUCUUCAUUGAUCCCCAGCGAGAGAUCCCUGCUUGCGACUGAGGGCGAGUGGUCCAGGAGCCGCGCCCGCCCGGCCCCUCCCGAGGCGCCCCAGGGAUUACGUUUUGAAAACAACUUGAAUAGUCUACCGUCUUGCUGGAUUGCAUUGCUUCACAACAUAGAAUGUCUUUCUGAUCUGGAAAUUAUCUGGUGGCUAUGAAUGUGUUUCCUCCUGAAUUUACGUUCUAUGUUCCAUUGGAGCACUGAAGCUCUCCAGGACUCUUGUCUGCACAGAAGCUAGCCUCUUUUUCUCACACUUGUUUAAAUUCUGCUAGCAAUGAGUUCUCAAAGCCAUCCAGAUGGACUUUCUGGCAGGGACCAGCCAGUAGAAUUGUUAAAUCCAGCCAGAGUAAACCAUAUGCCAAGUUCUGCGAGGGAACCGCCAGAUGGCCCUUGGCGUUGGACCUCAUUGUUCGUGAUGAAUGACAGGGAUGGAGGCGCUCCUUCAGUUGAUGUGACCACAACACUACCUUUGCAAGUGGCACCAUCUGUAGUCCCUAUGGAUCUCCGUUUGGACCAUCAGUUCUCCAUGCCAGUUGCAGAACCUACAUUACGUGAGCAGCAGCUUCAACAGGAAUUGUUGGCCCUCAAACAAAAGCAACAGAUCCAGAGACAGAUCCUCAUAGCAGAAUUUCAGAGACAGCAUGAACAGCUCUCUCGUCAGCAUGAAGCUCAACUACAUGAACACAUAAAGCAGCAACAGGAGAUUCUGGCAAUGAAACAUCAGCAGGAGCUCUUGGAACACCAGAGAAAGUUGGAAAAGCAUCGGCAGGAACAAGAGUUGGAGAAGCAGCACAGAGAACAGAAGCUGCAGCAACUUAAAAACAAAGAGAAAGGAAAAGAAAGUGCAGUGGCAAGCACAGAAGUAAAAAUGAAGCUACAAGAGUUUGUCUUAAAUAAAAAAAAAGCUUUGGCCCAGCGGAAUCUCAACCAUUGCAUUUCUAAUGACCCGCGCUUCUGGUAUGGGAAGACACAGCAUAGUUCUCUUGACCAGAGCUCUCCACCGCAAAGCGGAGUAUCAGGCACUUAUAAUCAUCCUGUGCUAGGGAUGUAUGAUUCCAAAGAUGAUUUUCCACUCAGGAAAACAGCAUCUGAACCCAAUCUUAAAUUGCGAUCCAGGUUAAAGCAGAAGGUUGCAGAAAGGCGGAGUAGCCCAUUAUUACGAAGAAAAGAUGGACCUGUAGUUACAGCUCUUAAAAAGCGCCCAUUAGAUGUCACAGACUCUGCGUGCAACAGCGCUCCUGGAUCUGGCCCUAGUUCUCCAAAUAAUAGUUCCAGUAACAUAAGCACUGAGAAUGGAAUUACUGGAUCAGUUGCAAAUCUUCAGGCAGAGACCAACCUGGCUCAUAGACUUGUGAAUCGUGAAGGCUCAGUAACGCAGCUUCCUUUGUACACAUCUCCCUCCUUGCCAAAUAUAACGUUAGGACUACCUGCAACUGCCCCAUCCAGUGGGGGAUCAGGACAGCAGGAUGCUGAAAGACUUGCUAUUCCACCCUUACAACAACGAAUCUCCUUGUUUCCUGGCACCCACCUCACUCCUUAUUUGAGCAGUUCUGCAGUGGAAAGGGAUGGGGGAACUGCACACAACCCUCUUCUUCAACACAUGGUCUUACUGGAACAACCAACUGCACAAAACCCCUUAGUCCCAGACUGGUAUCUUUCAGGGCUUGGGGCACUGCCCCUCCAUGCGCAGUCCCUGGUGGGCACAGAUCGACUCUCUCCCCCCAUACACAAACUGCGGCAACACCGCCCUUUGGGGCGCACACAGUCUGCUCCUCUUCCCCAGAAUGCACAGGCCCUCCAGCAAUUAGUGAUCCAGCAACAACAUCAGCAGUUCCUGGAAAAACACAAACAGCAAUUUCAGCAGCAGCAGCUGCACAUUAACAAGAUUAUGCCAAAAUCCAAUGAGUCUUCCCGCCAGCAUGAAAGCCAUCCUGAAGAGACUGAAGAAGAACUGCGAGAACACCAGGCAUUUUUAGAAGACCCAUAUAUUGAGCGGAUAUCAAACCAAAAGGAAGUCCAAGGGUUGGCCAGCAUGGUCCAGGUGAAGCAAGAACCUGUUGAGAGCGAUGAAGAUGGAGAGUUGCCACAAGAACUGGAACCAGGGCAGAGGCAAGCUGAGCAGGAGUUGCUAUUCAGACAGCAAGCACUUCUACUGGAACAGCAACGGAUUCUUCAGCUGAGGAACUACCAGGCGUCAGUGGAAGCUGCUGGCAUCCCAGUGUCUUUUGGAGGACAUAGGCCACUUUCUCGUGCCCAGUCUUCACCUGCCUCUGCCAACUUUCCCAUGUCCGUACAGGAACCACCCUGCAAGCCACAAUUCACAACAGGCCUUGUGUAUGAUACUCUGAUGCUGAAACACCAGUGCACUUGCGGCAACACAAACAGUCACCCAGAACAUGCAGGGAGAAUCCAGAGCAUUUGGUCCCGGCUUCAGGAGACAGGUCUUCGUAGCAAGUGUGAGUGUAUCCGUGGAAGAAAAGCUACCCUAGAAGAACUACAGACUGUUCAUUCAGAAGCCCACACCCUGCUUUAUGGUACCAACCCUCUGAAUAGGCAGAAAUUGGACAGCAAGAAACUGUUAGGCUCUUUAACAUCCAUGUUUGUCAGGCUCCCUUGUGGUGGCGUUGGGGUUGACAGUGAUACAAUUUGGAAUGAGGUCCAUUCCUUCAGUGCUGCUCGCCUUGCUGUUGGUUGUGUUAUAGAGCUUGUUUUUAAAGUGGCUACAGGGGAGCUAAAGAAUGGAUUUGCCGUAGUUCGACCUCCUGGUCACCAUGCUGAAGAAAGCACACCCAUGGGUUUUUGCUAUUUUAAUUCUGUGGCAAUUUCAGCCAAGCUUCUCCAGCAAAGACUGAAUGUGAACAAAAUACUUAUAGUGGAUUGGGAUGUACACCAUGGAAAUGGCACUCAGCAGGCUUUCUACAAUGAUCCUAAUGUUCUUUAUAUUUCACUACAUCGCUAUGAUGAUGGAAACUUCUUCCCGGGCAGUGGAGCUCCUGAUGAGGUUGGCAUAGGACCAGGUGCCGGUUUCAAUGUUAACAUGGCAUUUACUGGUGGUCUUGAUCCACCCAUGGGAGAUACAGAAUACUUGACGGCUUUCAGAACAGUAGUAAUGCCUAUUGCUAAUGAGUUUGCUCCAGAUGUUGUGCUGGUAUCAUCUGGUUUUGAUGCAGUGGAAGGUCAUCCUGCACCACUUGGAGGAUAUAAUCUGUCAGCAAAAUGCUUUGGGUACCUGACAAAACAGCUCAUGGGUCUUGCUGGAGGACGAAUCAUUUUAGCUCUUGAAGGAGGCCAUGACCUAACAGCCAUUUGUGAUGCGUCUGAAGCGUGCGUUUCUGCUUUGCUAGGAAUUGAGCUUGAUCCUAUUCCUGAAAAGGUAUUACAGCAGAGAGCAAAUGCUAAUGCAGUACAUUCCAUUGAGAAGGUCAUUGAAAUACACAGUAAGUACUGGCACUCACUCCAGCGCUAUUCCUCAACAGUCAGCUAUUCUUUGAUAGAAGCACAGAAGUGUGAGAACGAAGAAGCAGAAACUGUAACAGCUAUGGCAUCAUUAUCAGUGGGGGUCAAGCCACCACAUGACAAAAAGCCAGACGAGGAGCCCAUGGAAGAGGACCCUCCCCUGUAGCAGGCAUCUUUGAGGCUGGAGUUCUCCUGUUCGUUCGUCUUGUCUUGAAGCUCUGCCAAGAAGCUUUCUCUUGUUACUCCUGCAUCCUGUCAUGGUUUUCUUCCAGACUACAGAACGGCAGCCAUGCGUAAAAGAAAGCUAAAUCUCUCUGUAUCUGUACAGAAUACGCUUGUGGAAAAGGAAAAGUGCAGGUGAAGAGCAGGAAUAUUAAAGACAUAUGCGCUGAGCGUUCUUCCUCUUUUCCUAAAUGGAAGUUUGAGAGGCAAGAAGCCAGUGAAGUAUUUGGCAAAGUUGCCAACUUUUUAAAAAGAAAGAAAUCAAAGAUUAAACACAGAUAUGACAACUUUCAUUUAAAACUGGUGCUUAAAGUUUGAUUAUCCUCCGUUCAGACCACUCAGACCAUAUUGUAGUUUUGUGUUUUAUGUUUUAUUUUUGUGGCUCUUGCCUACCUGUGAUCCAGACACUCUCUUCAAAACCCAAACAAUAUGAGAAGUCUUUUUUUUCCUUUAUAUGAAGGGUGAAAAGAGAACUAAGCUUUUUUUAUACCUAAUAUACAUGCAGACAGACUAUAUAUGUGUGGCGAGGAAGAACGUAAACCAAGGAAGAAAGCCCAGAAAGGGGAUUGGCUUUAGCAUCUCCAAAGCCAUCUGAAGAGUUUGUGCCUUUUAAAAAAAAGAUUGGAUUGAUUUUGGGCAGCUGGUUUUUUCUGACGUUUUGAUGAACAAUGCCUUAAAGAAAAGAACUCUGCAGUGAUUCUUUGGGAAGGGCGGGCAGCUGAGAACUGCAAUCAGCAAGAAAGGCUCUAGGAUUUCUGCUGGCAAGUAAUGGCCGGAGCUUCUCCCAAACAGUUGACAAGUUUGGAUUUUGUUUUGUUUUGUUUUCUUUUAUUGCUGUUUAAAAUGAAAAUUAAGGUAGUUGCCAGUAAUGUGGCAAAUACUGUUGGAUUUCUAAAAUUCAACGAUUGAUUAAAAAAUCCCAACAUCUUCUCCUACACAUUAUGUAUAACCAUUUUAACUAUCAAUUUGGUUGUAAAAGCAUGCGUCAGAUACAACUGCAAAUUUUAAAAAAAUUGGAAUGCUUUUUAUUAAAAGCAACUAGCAUGAUAUACUGCUUAAUAUUUUAGGUAUAAUUAUAUAAAUGUAUAUGUAUAAUGUAUAUUCCAAAUGUAUUCCAAGCUUAGAAACGCGACUCUUACAAAUUAUUGAUAAAAUAUUUAUAAUGCAUUUAUACAAAAUAUAUAAAUAAAUGCAGAUUACAAUGGUAGCCAUUGGAAGUUCCCUUGCAAAAGAUUUAUUUGUGAAUUGGAGUGUAAGGGUUUUUAGAAAAGGGAUCUUGUUUGAAACUUGACCAUUUUCAAACUGUAGUUUGGAAUGCUUUCAGAAUGCCAACAUUUUAGCCGCUAGGCAACUACCCUAACAUCACUAUUUUAAUUUAAGAUUUUUAAUUUUGAUCUUCUUUUAACAAAAUGAGUUUUUUAGUAAAUAUGUAUUUGCUGUUGCUUUAUUUUAUAUUGGUUUUUACAAAAUCCUUAAAACAGCCUUAUUGCAUGAAUUUUCAUUUUAUUUUCCAUUGGACAGCUGUGUUUCUAAACAGUAACCAUUUUCUUGACCUGUGUCACUUUCCACACUGGAGUUUUAUUUGUGUUUGGCCUUUCGUACCAUCAACAGUUUUCAUGGUCAUGUGGGACAGUUGCAAAUUGUUAGGCUUUGUUUUUAGAAAGCCCUUUUCACAAAAGGAAGGAUUCCAAGGUCUUUUUUAUAUCAGGAAACUGACUGUAUAUUUUAUCAGUUCUGCAGUCAUAGUUGCUAUGCUACAUUUAAAAAAAUAAGGAGCUUUCUUAACCUUAAAAAUAUAUUAAUAUUACAAAGAGCGAUGUAUCCUAUAUCCUCAGUAUAGAGUGUGACAAGGAUUAUUAAAGGCAUUAAUAAAUUUAGUGACCAUGUUGAAGGUCUGCCAAACUCUCAUGCAGUUAAUGCUAACACAUACACACAGAACUUUUCUUAAACCACUCUGGUUGAGUUAGUCCUCUAAAAGACUAUUUCACAGUGAAUCGUAAUAUUAAUAUCUUCUUUUUGGCUGGGAGACUGCUAAUCUUGGUCACUAUUUCCGAUCCCCCCAGUUGCCUUUUGAGGUGAGGGGAGUUGACCCUCAGAAUAAGUAACUAAACUUUUAGUGGUGGAAUGAGAUAUCUGGAGGAGACUGAAUUCAUGUGUUCUUUUUCAAGCAGUGUAGGAUAUUACAUGCCCCUCAUCUGAAUAACCAGUGGUAUUUUCCUUUUUUAAUAUUUUUGUUAUGAUAACUGACAGGGUCACUUUGUAGUAACUUAUUUUCUGGUUCUGAAAAGUUUUGUUUUUCUUCAUUCCAUUAAAAUCAGAAUUGUGAGAAUUUAAUUAUAAAUCCGACUGAGUGCUGGAGAGAGUUUGAGGUUUUUAUUUAAUGCUUGAUAUGCAAUUUUUAAGACACACUACCAUAUUUGAGUUAUUGCUAACCCAAAUACAUGCAAAUUGAUGAAUACUUUUUGGCAUUAGAACUGCCAAGAGCAUACUCUAAGAGUAAAGUUUGACAGUAAAGAUAAAAUGUAUAUUUUAUAAAAUGACUACCUUGCUGCUGUGAUCUUUAAAGAUUUUUGCUGUGGAAUCAUCUGAUUUCAUAUUUUGUUAGUUUAGCCCUUUAUGACUGUUGAUAAAAGUGAUGCAUCCACAAUUACUUCAGUCUAUAAUACAUUUUAUUUUCAACACCACUUUACAUGUUUUCAAAAUACUUACUGUAUUUACACGAGUCUAAUGCGUCAUGAAAUUUAACGUGCACCUCAAUUUUCAAAACCUUGGAACCAAAAAAGUAUUUGCUGGCGACUGUAAAUGCAGCAUCAAAUCUAAUACGCACCCUAAUUUUCGCAAUGUAAUUUGGCCAAAAAAGGUGCACAUUACAUUCGAGUAAAUACGGUACUUUUUCAUUGCAAGAAAUUGCUGGUACACACAACUCAACGGUGUUGACAUGUUGGCCUGGAGUAUUUGGUAACUACUUUCAAUGUUGUUAAUUUUAGGACUCUUACUUUGUUUCUUACAAACAAGUGUUGCUACAUCAUUGCCUUUCUAAAGUCACAAACAACUUUGUUAUACGUCAGUCUGUUCCAUAAUCCAGAAUUCUGAGAUCUUUUUUAAAAUUGCUGUUGCCCAACCUUGCUCCAGUAGCAUAAGGCGAACAUGAGCAUCAUGGCUGUUGGGAAGGUACCACCGUAGCCUUGUUUCCCCCACUUAACAUGGACCUGCUUGUGAGCUCUGUGGCUAAACUAAGAAUCCAAGCUGAUUUGGGCAACAUGCCUAUGCUUCCCACAUUUUUAUAGACUAUGAACAUGAGGUACCUGAGUUCCACCAGCAAGAUACUCGAGGCUUUUGCUAACUCCGCUUCCAAGGUAUUGGGCGGCUUAUUACAACUCUUCUCUUGUAGCAAUUUAGAAACAAAGGAACAUCUUGAAGCUGUAUUACCCAGAAGCAAGAUCCAGGUUGUAGUACAAAGUACUAAUAGUUGAGUAUUUGGGGUUUAUUUUACUUUCAGUACACAAACAUUCCUUUUUAUUAGUCAUGUACUCAUUCCAUUCUUCCUUUUGUAAACUUUUGGGCCCACAUUUUAUGGGCAUUGAUAUAUAUAUAUAAAUAUAUAUAUAUAUAUACAUAAAAAUAUAUAUAUGAAUAUAUUUUUUUAAGUUUCCUACACCUUGAGGUUGCAUGGUCUGUUAGGUUGGCAUGUCUUUAUAUUGUAUACAGAUUUUGCACGCCACAUGUGGCAGCUUUGGAAAGAGAAAUCCCCUCUAAUGGCAUUAGCAACAGAUAAACUGUUGGGGUGUUUUCUGUCAUGCAAAUUAAAGUGAGGAGCAUGAAGGGGGGAAGUUUGUCUUACUGAACUUAUUAAGGACCUGUGCUUUUUAUUGUAAAAUUUAAAAAAUACAAAGGACUACUUAAACAUUUGUCAUUUUAAGAGAAAAAAUAUCUAGCACUUGUGACAAACCAAUAAUAGAGUUUAUUGUAUUUAUGUGGAAAUAAUGUUCUAGGGGAAACUGUACAGAACACACAAGUAACUGCCUGUGUCAUUUUUCUUUAAGGGGGGGGAGUUUUUUGUUUUUGUUUUUCAUUUAGGCAGGAAAGGGAUAAGGCAGGCACAAACAUAUGCCAACUUCUUUUUAUAUUAAUGCUCAGAUAAAAAUGUCAAGAACUUUUAAGAGUUAACUCUUCAGCACAGCUGUGUUAACAUUUUUAUUUUGAAAGA